AUGGCCAUACGGAAUAUUGUUCUUAAUGCCAGAGUGGUGCAGUCCUCCUUACUCCACAUCGAGGGAGUUGCUGAACGUGCAGUAGAUGGAAACAGAAAUGCAAAUUACGGGAAGGGCUCAUGCACUCACACUAAAGCUGAGUUUAACCCAUGGUGGAGAGCUGACCUCGGAAAUGUCUACAGUAUAAGCAAGGUUGCCAUCACUAAUCGUGUAGACUGUUGCAAAGAGCGACUCAGAGGAGCUCAGAUUCGUAUUGGUAACAAGCUGGAGAACAAUGGAAACAACAAUGAGCUGGUUGCAAUGGUUCUCACUGUUCCUGAUGUCGAGGUGUUUGCAGAAAAGGACAAACCACUGUACAUUUGUGUUCGAAGGAAUCUUGCUCUUGGAGGCAAAGCUGUUCAGUCUUCCACAUACAGUGAUUUAGCAGCUGCUCAAAAUGCUGUCGAUGGCAACAGGCAUCGAUUCAGCGUGACUAACGGGGACAUGAACCCCUGGUGGAGAGUUGACUUGUUGGACGUCUACAGGGUAACCAGGGUUAGCAUCACUAAUCGUGGAGACUGUUGUGAAAAGAGGAUCGAGGGUAUUCAGAUCCGUAUCGGCAACAGCCUGGAGAAUAACGGCAACAAUAAUGAGCUGGCUGCAACUGUUGGGCCCAUCCCACUUGGAAACACCAAAACAUUUGAGUUUAAGCCUAUUAAGGGGCGAUACGUCAACCUUAUUGUGCCUGGACGCAAUGAAUACCUCACACUGUGUGAAGUUGAGGUAUAUUCAGAUUAAGUGGAACAAGAUGAUGUUACACUACAGUCCACUGAUCCUAUAAGCAAA